CUCCUUAGUCAGCAAAUAACGGACAGUACCUAUUCCCUAUGAGAUUUCCAUUCUUACCGCACCCAGCUGGUAACCAGUCAACAAAUGUGCUGAUGCGUAUGUUCUUCUUAUCCAAUACCAAAUAUCAAAUUCUCCCCCAUUCUCGCAUUUUAUCCAUUACUAAUACUCUCCUUUUCUUCCUCAAGGUAAAUUGCUGCGGUGCAGUAUUUUCUUCAGACCCGAACAAAUUCCCAUAUCAAAUCAAGAAUACCCGAAAUUUCCAGAAUACAAUUCUCCACCUUUCACGUCUUUUUCAAUCUUAUUACAAAAAUCUUGGCCUCAACUUUUCUCUUCCUUAUUAAUAUCUCCCUUGCCUUUUUUUUUUCCCCUGACCUUUCUGGGUCCUGUACAUAAUCAAUUCACCGAUUGUAUUUCAUUAUAUUAAGCUAUAGGUAUGGUUUUAGUUGAGGCAUUUAUGGAGAUACUUGAAAGACCCACGAUAGGUGCAGUAUUUGUAGAGAUUAUGACGUUUCUUGGUCCAGUUUGGAUUGCCUUUCUUUUGGGUAUUACGGUGGGAUGGAUUUGGAAACCCAAAUGGGCUAGCUGGAAAAAUUGUAAAUUUGAUUUUUCAGCACCUUCUUCCCCCACUGCUUUGGUUCCUUCACCGUCUAAAAGCUUGGAAUUAACCGAAACAAAGAGAUUUCAUUCCUCUAAGGCUCAUACCCCUAGCUUUGGUUCUUGUAUGGAUGCUCCCUCAGAAAUCGAAAAAUUUGACAACGGUCCAUCGCAGCUGAAUACUUUACCAAUAACAGAUGAAGAUUUGGAACAUUUAUGGCAUCUUGUUGAGAGGAAAGACGAAGGCCCGCCGUGGAAACACAUGAUGGAUCGUUCUACUCCUACUAUGAGCUAUCAAGCGUGGCAGAGAGAUCCUGAGAGUGGUCCUCCUCAAUAUUGCAGCAGAACUGUGUAUGAGGAUGCAACACCUGAACUAUUGAGGGAUUUCUUUUGGGAUGAUGAGUUUCGGCUCAAGUGGGAUGACAUGCUUGUACAUGCUGAAACUAUAGAAGAAUGCCCCACAACUGGAACAAUGAUAGUGCAUUGGGUUCGAAAGUUCCCAUUUUUCUGCAGUGACAGAGAAUAUAUAUUUGGUCGUCGAAUAUGGGAGUCAGGAAGGUCAUAUUAUUGUGUAACAAAGGGGGUACCAUGUCCUAGUGUUCCCAGGAAGGAUAAACCAAGACGUGUUGACCUGUAUUAUUCAAGUUGGUACAUACAAGCAGUGGAAUCAAGGAGAGGAAAUGGCCAGCUGACUGCAUGCGAGGUGCUUCUCUUCCAUUACGAAGAUAUGGGCAUCCCAUGGGAAAUCGCAAAAUUUGGGGUAAGGCAGGGUAUGUGGGGACUUGUAAGGAAGAUUGAGCGUGGAUUCCGGUCCUACCAGAAAUCAAGAGCAUCUAACAUGAAAAUCUCUCGCUAUGCUUUUAUGGCCCAAGUUAAUACAAAAAUUGAUCCAGAAUACUUGAAGUUGAUGGAAGGUGAUGUGGAAGAAUCAUCAGGGACUGAAAUACAGGUUUCACCUGCAAAAUCCGAGGGCAUAAACGUACCGAAGCUACUUAUCAUUGGUGGCGCUUUGGUUGUUGCUUGUACCCUUGACCGAGGAAUCAUACCCAAGGCACUUUUGUUUAAUGUAGCGAAAAGGUUUGGAAAUAUAGGAAGAAGAGCAAGUCCAAGGGCAUGACUGAUAAUCUCAUUUAUACUCAUGUUUCUGUUGUAGAUACCUAUUUCUUUUCCUUUUAGCAUAGUGUUAGUGUUCAACACAAGCAAUGAUUGUUACAUACAUGUAAUACAAGCAGAGUGUUAUUGAUCAAUACAAGCGCGGCACAGGUGUUAUCAUCUGUUUUUUUUCUA